CCAGUCUGGAACCAUCGCACUUUACCGGCGUCCGUAGUGAAUCUGUGGCGGCUCCAGAGACUCAGGGAGCGGACUGUCCUCUGCUCAGCGGCCGGUAGAAACACGCGUCCUCCAGGUGCGGACAUGUUGGCUCUCAGCGGGCUGUCGCUGGCUCUCGCCCUCGCGCUGCUUCCGGCUCCCGGCGACGCUCUGAAGGAAGGAGAGUGUGAAGUGUGCCUCGGCUUCCUCGGGAAGUUUUACAAGUCGCUCCAGGACAACGAUGUGAAGUUCAAAAGCGCGGACAUCGAGAAGGCGCUCGUCAAGACCUGCAGAGAUGUGAAAGGGAAAGAAAACCGCUUCUGUUACUACAUCGGUGCAACAGCUGACGCAGCCACCAAGAUUAUCAACGAAGUUUCCAAACCGCUCAGCUACCAUGCCCCCGUGGAGAAGAUCUGUGAGAAGCUCCAGAAGAAGGACAGCCAGAUCUGUGAACUGAAAUAUGACAAACAGCUGGACCUCACCACAGUGGACCUGAAGAAGCUCAAAGUGAAGGAUCUGAAGAAGAUCCUGGAGGAGUGGGACGAGUCCUGCAAAGGAUGCGCUGAAAAGUCCGACUUCAUCCGCAAGAUCACAGAGCUCAUGCCCAAGUACGCCCCAGCAGCCGCCAAGGCACGGACAGAACUGUAACGCAAUAAAAACCAAACACAAACAAACACACAACUUUGGACUUGAUUUGGACCAGACUGCUGAGGACCGGGAGCAGAGAGCUCUGUCUUCUUCUUUUUUUAUUUUUUUAUUUACAGGGAUUCACUCACCUGGUCAUAGAACACAGAUUCAGAAGUGUAGAUGGUAGUGUACACACACAAACACACACUGUAUACUACACUGCAGUGUCCUUUUAAAUCAGUGUGAGGGUCGAGAGGUUUACAUGGUUGAGGAAGUCAAUUUAAAGGGGAAUCUAGAGGCUCGGGUGUUGUGAUGUAUUUAAAGCUUUUCACAGGAAGUGGAGACAUGAGGGUCGUUCAGUUUUAAUCUCCAUCAGUGUCAGAAUCAUCAAGUCGGGGGGGGAAAUGCUCAAAUGCUCCACAGCAGAGCUCAGCCGUUGCCCAGGACUUCACACUCCAGGUCUUUAAAUCUACAGCUCGCUCAUUGACAAACCCCUCGUCUGCUGCCUCGGCCAAACCUCACCGGACACAUGCUUCUGGAGAGUCGUCAGGUUUCCUGUUUAUCGGCUCGACUUAACUUUAAUUUCCACGAUGUUCUCAUCCAGGAGAUCGGACACUCUCAGAAGUAGUUUGACAUUUUGGGGAAAUAUUUGCUGAGAUCUGCCUACAGGCAACAGAAUCACUAACUGCCAGUUUAUACCACGUUUAUGAACCUGUACAAACAUAGUGUGAAAAUGAAGGUGAACGAGCGAAGGCCACUUCCCACAGUGUCAAAGGUUUGCUUUACGUGUGUAGGAUUUAGACGGAUCUACUGGUAGAGAUUAAAUCUUCAUGUUGUUGAGUUUAUCAUUACCUUUAACUAAGGAGCUGUGUUACCUCACAAUGAGCUCAUGUUUCUACAGAAGCCCAGAAUGGACAAACCACGGCUUUCAUCCGCCCGCACACUCUCCCACAUGCCUGGAAAGAAAGUGUAAUAUGCCUUUUCACCACACGGUGCCACUAAAUCCUACACACUGUUUUAAAGUCUUGUUAUCACUGACGAGUCAAGACUUCAGCAUCUAUCACGUCUUUCAGUUUUGGUUCUCUGUCAACAGAGUCAGCCGUAAUCCAACACAGAGUCAACUCAAACCAAGAACAAUAAUUAAAACAGGUAAAUUUAAAAUCUAAAUUCAUCACGAUAAAGAUGUUUUCAGACGUGAACUCUGGGAAAUGUCCUGACGAUGUGAUCUGGACAUGUUGUGUAGUUUGUGUUUCUCAUGUGAAGCAGCAGCAGGAAUGUGUCUGAGUCAGACUCGAUCACAACGGGAAGCUGUGGUUCAUCUGGACAUUAUCUGGAGUUUGACAGGAAAACCUCUGGACGUCUGAAUCUGAUCUGACCUCAGUGAUGAUCAUGGUUGACUUCUGUUGAGGAACAUCUACUUAAUCUCUGACUCAGGAAGGUUCAGCCAUCCUUCCUUUGUCGGUAAAAAUAUUUAGGAAAGAUAUUUAUUUGGGUCUUUUUUAAGAAUCUUUCAUUUCUGAUCUGUGACUGUUUUUCUGCUUAGUUUUGGGGGAUUGUUUUUUCUAUUUUGCUCUGUUUCUGUACUGCAGCAGUUUAAAUGUGUCGUGAACAUUGAAACUGAUGACAUGCUGAGCUUCUCAGCUUCAGUCCAGUCAGGCAUUGGAUCAUGGGAACGUUGAAAUUCUAAAUAAAUACGUGAAAAUGAA